AUGCCCGCCCCGGGCUUCCAAGCGCUGAUACUAUGCGGCCCCGGCGUCUCGCUGAACACCUUCACCUCGAACCCUAAGGACUUCCCCAAAGCGCUUGUACCAAUUGCAAACCGGCCGAUGGUAUGGUAUCCGCUGGAAUGGUGCUAUCGACUGGGCAUAACAAACAUCCUCCUGAUUACGCCUCUGGAGUCGUCGGCUGCGCUUGAAGCAGCGCUGUCGCAGAACCCACAUUUGACCUCGCUGCCCGCGCCGAAGCCGGACAUCCUUGCGCCAGAGGGCUUGACACAGACAACCAGCACAGGGGAGAUAUUCAGAUUGCCACAGGUACAGGAUGCCAUCACGGGAGACUUCAUUGUGCUACCAUGCGACCUCGUCUGCGAACUGGACGGCGCCUCUUUACUGGAGGCCUGGAUGAUCCGGGAGGCCGGGUUAGGUGGCGCGACAGGCGGCAUCACCGAGGAAGGACGACUCCUGCCCAUGAGCGUAGGAGGCGAGAAAAGCGGCCGAAGAGGUGGGCUGGGUGUCUGGUACCAAACCAAAGGGGAGGGCAGCGUCAAGGGCGAAGAGACGGACUUCAUUGCUACAACCCCGUUACCAGAACCCAUCGUCCCUCCUCCAACAGGCUCGCUUCGCCCCGACCUUGCGAAUCUGGUGUACUCCGUCCCCACAGACACGCUGAACGAUAUCACCGAAGCACACAAGAGCUUCCCCGUCCGGCACUCCCUCCUCCGCAAGCACGGCCGCAUAAAGAUGCUCUCCACCCACCGCGACGCCCACAUCUACUUCUUCCCUUUCUGGGUCCUCGAGAUGAUGAAGCGGAACCCCAGAUUCGACAGCGUGAGCGAGGACGUCGUGGGCUGGUGGGCCAAAGCCGGAUGGCAGGACGGACUAGGCGACAAGAUCGGCCUGCGCGACAUCUUCGAGAAGUGGGCUGGAGACUCCGACAAUGAGGAUCCGCUCAGCUCGAGCGGGAUGCUUGAUGAGAGAGUCAAUGUCGCCGGCAUGAGCAGCACAUGUGCCACCGCACCAGCAACGCAGGACGAACCGCGACGCUCGUCAACCACGCAACUUGCCUCUCGCGCAGGCUCAGCAACGCUCAUCGCGGACACCCCAAAGCCCCGUCUCACCGUUCCCCCUAUCCUCGCAUACGUUCAUCCAUACGUUGAAAAUGCCCCCCUGAUCCGCCGCGUAGACACCGCGCCGCUGCUCCUUAAUAUCUCACUCGCCCUGGCCAAGCAACCCGCCCUCGACACCGUGGGCCGCGCCUUCACGCCCCCCUACGCUCACGCGUCCAAGAUCGCGCAUCCGGAAUCUAUACCGCAACGCUGCCGCGUGGAUACCGCGGACAGCCUGCUCGCGGAGAACGUGACCGUUGAAGAGAAGGUGAAUAUCAAGGAGUCCGUCAUUGGCGCCGGGUGCAAGAUCUCCGAGGGCGCGAGGCUGCUGCGGUGCUUGCUCAUGGAGGGCUGCGAGGUGGGCGAGAACGUGCAGCUUACGGGGUGUAUUCUGGGGAGGCGGUGUAGGAUUGAGGGGGGUAGUGGGAAGGGGGAGAAUAGGACUGUGCUGAAAGAUUGUGAAGUCCAGGAGGGGCAUGUUGUUGAGUGGGGAACUGAGGCGAAGGACGAGAAGUUCAUGCGGUUCGAGGGGCUUAGUGACGAGGGCGAAGGCUUCAUAGUGGAGGAUGAGGAGCUAGAUGAUGGUGCCGCGGGUGACUUCAUGGCAUGA